UAUAAAACGACGCCGUCCCAAGAUUAAAAGAGGAAUAAGGAAGGAGAUGAGACUUCCGUGACGUUAGGCCGCAAAAUCCGUUCCGUCUUAAUGAAGAUGAAGCGAAGAAAUAGAAAAACCCCUCGGGUUUUCAAAAGGAAGAAUCGAGAAGAGAGAGGAUGAUGAAGAGACGCAUUAACUCCAUAAAUUAAAGUUGAAGACGAAUAUAUAUGACAAUUAAAAUUGAAGAUUGCAAUGAAAUCGAGUUUAGUUUAUGAUAAUGUGCAGGAAGAUGAAAGCGGUGGAAAUUAAUGAUUAAAAGAUGGAGAAGAGCAGUGGUUUACCAUCAUUGAAUGAUUUCUGUAAUCGGUCAAGCAAGAGCAAUGGUGAAGAAGAAGAAGAAGAAGAGGAGAAGCAUUUGGAGUGCAACAUCUGCUUUCAAUCUCCCAAAGAAGCAGUUGUGAGCUUCUGCGGUCACCUUUUCUGCUGGCCUUGUCUAUAUACAUGGCUCCAUUUUUACUCGCUAGCACAUCAAUGUCCCGCAUGCAAAUCUCCCAUUCAUCACCAGAAACUGAUUCCUGUUUGUGCAACAGCCGGCGGUUCUUCUCACUCAAUACCAAUUUAUAUUUCAGGCACUGAAAUCCCUAGCCGUCCAACGCGGCAAAGAUCAGAAAUUUCUCCACCUUGUCGAUCUGGUGCAAAUAUUUUCAAUGGCAGCCAACUCAGAUUGAUUGCAAGGGAAUUUCCGCGUUGGAUUGACAACCUGAUUAUUAUUCUGCUGUGUGGAGUUCUGUUGCUAGCCUUAAUUGUAUUGCAGUCAAGUUCCUUCCAGAUGCAGUGUUACCUUUUCUUGUUUGUUCUUUGUACGCUGGUGGCAAUUGAAUUCAGAGUUGCCGGUUGAUUGACAUACGAAAAUACUAAACCUUGUCUUGAACCAUUUUGUGAUUCUAUUUAAGGUCUCUAAAUUUGGGUUUUGAAA